CACCAUCGCGGUCUUGUCCAUCAGCACCGUCACCAUGAGCGCGCCGGCGUACUAUGAGCUCUACCGUGGGAGCAGCAUUGGUUUGUCUCUCACCGAUACGCUCGACGACCUGAUCAACGAAGGCCGGAUCGAACCCCAGCUUGCGAUGAAGAUUUUGUCGACGUUCGAUCGUGUUAUCACCGAGGUGCUGGCGGAUAAGGUUCAGGUUAAACUGUCUUUCAAGGGACACCUGGAUACCUACCGAUUCUGCGACGAAGUCUGGACAUUCCUUAUCAAGGACGUCAACUUCAAACUGGACAACCAGAGCACUGUCUUUGCGGAUAAGGUGAAGAUCGUCAGCUGCAAUAGCAAGAGGCCUGGAGAGGUUUAAACUGCGUCGGAAGCAGACUGAUACCGUGGCGUUUUUCGGGCUUUUCUUAUUAUUUGUUAUUGUCUUUGAGGCUAUGGGUCGCUUGGGACAGAUUGAUUAGCAUAAGGAUUUCGUUGGCGUUUUGAUAUAGCGUUGUUUUGCUUUGUUUUAUUGUAUUUCUAGUCUUUGGGAAAAACCAGAUACCCAGAUAUUAUCUGAAGCAGACUGCAAUAAAGAUGAUUUAUAGCGAC